UUGGGCACUUUUGUGUUACACUGAAACCCUUAUGGAGAGGGUUGGGGUGGGGAGUUGGGGAAACACGAUUUCCACGAGGACAGAAUAUCAUGCCAAACCAGCACUUUUCAACCUAGCGCUACGAUUUUCACUGGCAACCUUAAUAGUAUAAAGGCAUCGUGUAGAGGCGCUUCUUCGAGCCCGUCGUGGCGGUUAAGAUUCGAUCGCCUUUUGUGCCCGUUGAGUGGAACGAUUUCUCUUCGUUUUGAGCUGAUUUUGUCAUCUCAUGUUGUAUUGUACAUUGAUGUUGAUUUCUAAAUAAAGACCGUGCCCGAGCAUUUAGAUAGAGCAUUGUGCCGUCAUUUCUUGAACCUACAAUCAUCUGACCAUGUCUACUUGUGCCUUCGCUAGUUCGAUGCUGCUCAUGAGUGUACUUCUAGUCGGACUUUGUCUGGCCCAUCCAAUCAACAACCAGGAAACCCCGGGAUCAUAUUCAGACGGACCAGCAUGUACCAUUGGACCGUUGGGAAUGGAGAGUGGGGCGAUCCCUGAUGGGAGUAUUACUGCAUCAUCAUCUCUUUCGGCGUCAUAUUCACCGCCAAAAGCUCGACUCAAUGAAGGCAACCACUGGUGGGUACCAAGUGUAAAGGAUGUAGCAGACUCUUGGAUUCAAGUGGAUCUAGGACUACCAGGCCCAGUUGUUACUGGACUGAUUGUACAGGGUCAUUCAUCAUACUACAUGGAAACCUUCAGCGUUAAGUACAGUUCAACGGGAGAAUCUGAAAGUUGGCAUGACUUGGCGAAUGCAGACGGAGAUACCAUACAGUUUAACGGGAAUGUCGCUGGUGGUGAACGAGUAACUGUCACCUUCCCUGAGAUAUUGAGGACCAGAUUCCUUCGAAUAAUGACACUCACUUGGAUUGCACCGUAUCCUUACUUUGCAUUUGAAGUUCUUGGAUGUCGAGAUGGUAUCAUCCGGCUAGCUGGAGGUGAUGACGUACUUAGAGGUCGAGUCGAGAUUUACCAUGACGGUGCUUGGGGUGCGGUAUGUGAUACAAACUGGGACAUACAAGAUGCGACUACUGUAUGCUGGCAGCUUGGUUUCCUAGAGGCAAGUGAGGCAAAGAUUGGAUCAUUUUACGGAGCGACAGAACUUCCUAUUGUAAUGGAUCGAGUUGCUUGUAAAGGGACGGAGCCAUAUCUUUCCUGGUGCCCAUUUCUUUGCAGGGAAAAUGAUCCAUGCACCAGCACUGCUGGAGUAGUCUGCAAACCAAACACUGUAAGGCUUGUGGACGGACCAACCAUGAGAAGUGGAAAGGUUGAGAUAAAUUUGAAUGGCACAUGGGGAGCCAUCUGCGACAAUGAGUGGGACUUGACUGAUGCUGGGGUCGUCUGCAGACAGCUGGGUUACCCUGGUGCCAGGCAGGCAAAGUCGGGUGCUUUCUUCGGUCAAGGGAGUGGUCCCAACUUAAUGGAUCGGGUUGUGUGUGACGGUUCCGAGGCCAAAAUCACAGAGUGUCCAUCACAUUGCUGGGAAAAACCAAAGUGCAGAAAUACAGAAACUGCUGGAGUAACCUGUUAUAAAGGUUGGCGAGAAUCGAUUUACUUUUUGCAGGAAUCUUUGCAGUAAAUGUUAAGAAACCGUGAAGGAGCUUGGAACGCCAAUGGCAGUGGUUUUUCAAAGUUAAACAUCACACACGUCAUGGUCUGCUUAACUUUGGUAUAAAGUGUUAGGACCUGUGCAUGGACGUUUUAUUUUAUUCGUAAGAAUAAAUGUAACAAUCAAACGGAGAUAUUAAUUGCUUCUUAUAAUCAAGAAUUGUUAUUAUUACACGAUUACAAUCAUUAAUCAAACGUGUACCGUGAAUAAUAUUUAUCAGUAUAAUCAGUAAAGAUAGGAGGCCACUUAUUUCUUUGUAGUGGGGGUAUACUGUACUUCAAGGAUAAUCGUCUGUCUGGAGUACACGGUGUGUCUGUCCGUUCAGAAUGAAUGGCAUCAGUUCUGUACGAUUUAAGGGAAUGGGAAUUUGUGAAGAGGCGGACUUAAGCAUGGUCUGUAAGGGAACAGUAUAGAAUGACGGGAGGUGGAAAUAGAUUGUAUGCAAAACACCGAAGCAAUUUGCUUAGGAUAAGAAUCACCUCAAAGUCAUUACACUUCUAAUGAGAGACCUUUUUUGAGACGAUGGAGGACGUCCCAUUCUCUGCUCCUUUUUUUUGUACUAUUCUCUCAAGUUAAUCAUUAGUGUGUAAUUAAUGUUAAAAAUACAAUUUAAGCCUACUUUCAUAAAACUUAUUAAAAAUAUUACAGAAUUCUAGGAUUACAAUACCCUGGAUAUAUUCGGUAAUUGUCCAGGACCAGUAGGCAUAUUCUCACUUCGCGUAUCUCAACAUAAUAUGAUAAAAAUAAUAAAUCUGUGGAACUUUUGACCUAACUGGCCAUCGAAUUUGCAAAAGAACAAAUAACCUCUUCUUGAAAACUACGUUACUUCAGAGGAAACGGUUUUUCUCAAUGUUUAAUACUUCCAACAACUAAGUCACCUUCAUAAAAAAAAAGCUGAAUCCGUUAAAUAAAAAUUACAAAUAAAAUUAUUUUGUAAAUCUUGUUUGAAUAACUGCAAGAAUAGCGUCAAGUUACACAAUAAUGAACUUCAAUAAAGAAAUAACAAAAAUAACCAAACACAGAAGUUAAAUCUAUUCUGAUCUGAAUGGCAAUACAACAUAUAUACUGAUAUAUUUUUUAUGUACAAACAUAAAAUAAAAAACCCGGUAAUAAACACUAGACUAAUGACUUAUGAAGUGCAGCUCUUAAAGCGCACAGAAAUUAUGCCUUGAGCUCUGCCGACAAAUGGAUCACAUAACUGUUGAGCAUACUAUUAUCAGAAAAUGCCAUUUACAACAAAUUGUACGUCCCUUUAUUUCUCGAAAGGAAAAACUCAGAUAGCAUAGUUGAACAUCACCUUUCCAGUCAUAAAUUGAAAUUUUAAAAUGUAAAGUAAAUCGGUUUACAUUCACAAGGUGACUGAGGACUUUAACAACAAAUUAAUGUUCAUACAAAGAACCAUUUUAUGUGUAAAUCUUAAAUUAGCUUCAAUCAUGAUAAUUAAUAAAUGCAGAUAUUAAGAACAGCAAAGCAUUUUGUGUACAAAGCAACAACAAAUAAUGUGCAUGCGUAAUAUUUUGACGAAUCAAUUUAACUACGGAUUUUAAUAUUAGUUUCAACUUUAUGUUGCAAAGAGCUUGUUUAAAAGUGGGCGGAUCUAAAAUCACUUAUUGGGAUUUAAUUGGUUAAACCUUGGGCCAUGUUAAACACUGGCAGUGCUCUAGAAGGACUGCACAUGAUGUCAUUGACAACUAUCUUUGAUAAACAAAAAUGUUAAACAGCAAUAUGGAAAAGUGCACGUGUGUACGCGCUGCCCAUGACUCCCAGCCAAUGAUAGCCUUUUCAUGCGUGCACAUUUCAUCAAAGAUGGCGGCCAGUGCAAGGUUUAUAUACUUUGUAAUAGGGACGUUGACCUGUAAAAGGCAGAGCUGGUGAGAAUAAACCUAACUUCUUCAUCGGGUGUAAACAAUUAUGUCAAA